UAUUAUUAAAGAAAUAAGACAUUAUAUUUAGUCGUUUUCAAAUUACACGAGUGUUUUUGUAAUCGUUUUCGUAAUUUCCUUCCAUACGUGUGAAGCUUAAAUAUUGCACGGACUCCAUAAUAUUUUGUAAUCAUAGCAUCUGGCGUUUUGCCAAAUAAAUUCCAGAAAUAAACCAUAACUUAUGCGUGUGAACGUUUGUAUUAACCGCAUAUUACCACCAAUCUAAAUCAAGUAUAAGAAGAGUUCAUUAUUUCAAUGGAGCGUCAUAACAUACAUUCAAGUGGCCACGGGUCUUUUAGGAGUAGGGAUUCGACAUCAUCGACAGGCAGUGAUCCGCGUGAGAAAAUUAAGGAUUGCCUACGGAAAUUCAUAGCGUUUAUGUUUACGCAAGUAGGUGUUGGCGCACUCGUAGUCUGCUAUGCGAUUUUAGGUGCUGCAAGUUUUAUGCAUAUUGAAAAGGAUAGCCCUGAUGAGCAGUUGGAGAAUGUAAAGCAGUGGCGACGAAGUUGUGUCGAACAACUGUGGAAUAUAACCAACAGAUAUAAUGUUUUGAAUCAAACAGCGUGGAUGUACAAUAGUAACAAUGUAUUAAAGGUCUUCCAAAACAAUAUAACCGCGGCAAUACACUUGGGUUAUAAUGGGAGAACUCCAGAAGAUAUAUGGUCCUUUCCUGCAGCGCUGAUGUACUCUUUAUCAGUAUUUACAAUGAUUGGUUAUGGGAAUGUGGUGCCAAAGACAGUUUGGGGUAAAGUAGUGUCAAUAGCAUACGCUUGUUUUGGAAUUCCUAUAUAUGUGCUCUACUUCUGUAAUAUGGGGAAGGUAUUAGCGCAGUCUUUUAAAUGGUUGUAUAUAACAGCACAUGAGUGCAGCCGGCGUGAUGACCCGUUGCUUGAAGAUGGCGAGAUCCAACCGAUCAAGAGGAAAAUCACUGUUCCUUCAACAGCUUGUCUAUGGGUUAUUUCCUUCUACAUUCUGACUGGAACGAUAAUGUUUGGAGCUUGGGAGAAGUGGAACUACCUGGACUCAACAUAUUUUUGUGUUAUCAGCUUGUGCAAGAUUGGUUUCGGUGACUUUGUUCCAGGAGCGAAUAUUGCAGAUUCAGCUGAAGGUUCACAUCUGAAGCUGGUUAUUAAUUUCAUUUAUGUUCUACUUGGAAUGGGUUUAGUGGCCAUGUGUUAUAAUCUAAUGUGUGAAGAUGUUAGGGUUAAGGUUAGGGAGCUGAAAGAGGAGCUAAAGAACUGCCUAGAUGAUAUCACAUUGAAGAUAACUGUUUGUAUGAAUGACACUAAGUAUUAUCAUCAAAAGCAAACAAGGAAUAUUAAAUAAAGAAUAUGUAAAAACUC